ACCUUUUCAAGGGUGCGGAAGGGGCGAGGUCAUCUUCCCCUGGACGCGCCACACGCAGCCCAAUUUAUUUUGGAAAUGAAAAUGGUGCCCGUGCACCCACAUCUGGCGGUUCUCAAAAUGUUGAUGGUCAACGAAAUCGAAGAACAUUAUUUUCAGUCGAUGUCGAGGCCAGCGGGGAUCAAGAACUCAUAGAUGAACAGGAUACGGAUAGAGAGACUGCGUUCCUAGAACGCGUGGCAACAGGACAACAGCAGCAGCAAACGCUAUGGGCCGCAGGCCAGGGAGCUGGACCAGCGGGUGGUGCAGGAGGAAAGCGUGGUCCGUCACCCGCACCCCCAGGAGCUCCUGGUGGACCAAAGGGGGCCCCCGCUGGUCCAAAGGCGGCACCAGGGUCUGGAGCGCCCAGCGGGGCACCAGGUACGCCUCUUGGCGAUGCUGACGACGAUUCGGGUGAUGAGUCUUCCCCGAAUCAUGGAGCCGCUGGAGGGUCAGGAGGAGGUAGGACUCAGGACCCUCUUCGCGUUAUCGAUCCCCAGAUCAUUGCGGAGGGUACGUUUCUGGUACACUUUGGUGCACCCGGAUGGGUUGUCAUCUAUGCCUUCAUCUCGAUCACGGGACUGCUCAUCGUGUUGCGUUUGACCGUUUGCCGAACCCGGUUUGAAAUCCCGAAGUCCGAGCGCGCUCAGCGUGCGCAACACGCGGUUGAGAUCGCAGCUGAAACCGUGGAACUGGGAAAACGACCAGGCACGAUUAGAAAGCAGUACCUACUUCAAAAGGGCUACAUACGCAGCGCUGUGGGCUAUGGUGGCU